UGGUAAAUCACCUUUAAAAUUAAUAUUUUCGCAUAGAUAGGCCUUAUUCCCUCAAAAGAAGAAGGUUUACACCCGUUCCAUUGGUUCGUGGCGGCGGCCAGUUUCAGCGCCGCUGAGCCUGUGGGCGGAUAUGGCGCAGCGCGGUGCUGCCUGGCCCGUGCAGGGCUCCGAGGGGCAGCACGCCGCCUCCGACUCUGUGCUGGACCGGGCCCGGUUCAGGGCGCAGCAGAUGGCGCACAGAAGGAUGGCGGAGGACGGCGCGCACCCGCCCGGCAGGUCCCAGGAUGCGGGCUCCUCCCGUGGAUAUGAGGCGCCUCCACAGCGCGAGCGCGGUCGAAAACCAGGUGGUCGUGACGGGGCCUUCGACAUCAUUUCGGAGCUGGACCUGAACUUUCUAGCAGAGGAAGAUAGCUAUGCAUCUGACCUCACUGCUGGCCUGACCAUCGUCGCCCGGAACGAGAAAACGCGCAGCGAAAGGCGCGACGAUGACCUGCGUGACCUGACCUCUGGCCUUGACCUGCUACUGCCGCGGCGUCGCUCGCCCAGUCCAAACAAACGCAAGAUGCGCAAGUUUCUCAACGAUCUGGCCACGCCGCGGAGCAGUCGCCGGAGUCGACGGUCGCCCACGCCGCCCCGGAAGAAGUCGCAGCCGACGCCGCCCGCGCCGCGGCCAGCGCCGGCGCCGGCGCCACCUCCUCCGGCGCUGACCGCCGCGCCGCCGCCGCCGGCCGCGCGCCCGCCGCCACCCGUGGUCGGCUCGUCGCCCCAGUGGCCCGUGCCGCCCUACCCGGUACACCCGGGCUACACCACGGCACCGCACGGCCAGCCACCGCCCGGCUACCGCGUGCUGGCGCCGCCUCAGCCCGCCCCGCCGCCGCCGCCGCCGCCGCCACCGCCCCCGGCAGUGACGUACGCUCCCUCGUGGGGACACCCGUACGGGGGCGGCUGGCCGGCCGAGUCUGCUGUGUAUCAUUACCCAGGGGGCCACUGGCCGCCGUCACCGACAUCUGCCCACCGGGCGGCCCCAGAGCUGAGGCACUACCCGCCUGUCUAUCGCGUAGCUCCGGAGCUCAGCCCGCCGGACCCGCGCGGGGCGCCAGAGUUAAGCCCGUAUCCACCGGUCCAUCGCGUGGCCCCGGAGCGAAGCCCGCCUGUCCGUCGGGUAGCUCCGGAGCGGAGCCCGCCUGUCCGUCGGCUAGCUCCAGAGCGGAGCCAGCACUCGCCAGUACGCCGCGUGGUUCGCAGCCGUUCGCACUCUCCGCUAGACGGGAGGCACCACAGACGCUCGCCUGAUGAUGAUGACCGUCGCCGCUCGAGAAGUAGAGAGCGAAGAGUAAGUCCAGGGAGAACUGUGAAAAGGCGGAACUCUGAACAAGAGUCGGAACACCGGCGUUCCCCGGUGCAACGGAGGAGUCCGAUUCGCUACAUGGGGCGACCAAGUCCCGAACGAAGACGAAGCAGAGAAAGAGGCACAGAACGGAGGCGAAGCAGAGAAAGAGGCACAGAAGGGAGGCGAAGCAGAGAAAGAGGCACAGAACGGAGACCAAGCAGAGAAAGAGGCACAGAACGGAGACGAAGCAGAGAAAGAGGCACAGAACAGAGGCGAAGCAGAGAAAGAGGCACAGAACGGAGACGAAGCAGAGAAAGAAGCGCAGAUCGAAGGCAAGGCAGAGAAAGGAGCCCAGAACGAAGAUUUGGUAGGGAUAGACGAGACAUUGAAAGGGGAUCGAGCACGGAGCGAACAAGCUACAGGCGAAGGACCCCAGAUCGAGUACGGAACAGGCUUCGAAGUCCAGAACGAACAUUGGGCAGGCAUCGGAGUCCCGAGGAAACGCUUGUUAGAGAACCGAGUCUUGAGCGGUUACUGAGUGGGGAGCUGGGUCUCCUCGAACCAGGGAUCCCUGAACCUAUGUUUGAAGAGCGAAGGAGCCUCGAGCGAAGUAGAAGGGAUUCAAUGAGCCCUAAAAGAUUGCUUAGGAGAGAGCGCUUGAGAGCCGAGCGAUCGUUGCGAAGACCCGACAGGGAGGGAAGGAGCCGCGAGCGCAGAAGUCACGAGCGGAUCGGACACUCUGAGGAUUAUGCGGGCACGAGCGGGGAGCGGGUGCCCAGUCCCCUCUCGCUGCUGAAGGACUCUCUGAAGCCGCCUGAGGACCCCAGCAGCCCCCACGCGCUGCUGCUGAAGGCGCUGAACCGGCCCGAGUCGGGUGCCAGCGGCCGCGUCAGUCCGCACGCGCUGCUCAUGAAGGCACUGAACCGUCCGCUCGGCCCGCCCGAACAGCUCAGUGUGUCGGAGGAGAGGAGCCGCGGCGCACACUCCCUGGAGCGCAGCCGCUCCGACCGUAGCCGAUCCGUGCGCAGCCGUGAGAGGAUCACCCCGGAUAUGGACGACCUGGCGGCGCGCAGGUCACGCGACCGAGUCGCACCGCGUCGCGAGAGGUCUCCUGAGCCGCCGGUGGAUGGGCCCAGUCUGCUGUCGCUGUUCCCUCUCAGCCCAGAGUUGGAACGGUCGAGAAGCCGGUCGAGGGGGCGAGACCGCAGGUCACCGGCUCGAGUGUCCCAAAAUCAGCCAUCGAGGAGGAACCGGCGUAACUCGGCCGGCCGAGGCCGGUCAGCAGACCGUUCCCGGCGCAGCAGGGAGCCGACGAGGGCGGGGUCGGCGGGACACGCGCGGUCGUCACGGGACGAGACCCACGAUCGCCAUGGGAAUGUCAGGAUUAAGAAUGAAGGAGCCAGACUGGCGUCCGGAGUCGUGUCCGGAUACCGGGACCGGCACGGUAAUCCGCGGAGGGUCAGCGGCGGCAGCAAGACGGACGACCAGGGUGAAACGGCGCCGGGAAACGCGCCGCAGAAAUUGACUAACGGAGACGACCGAGAGCGGCAGCACGGGGGUUCGAGGACAGAGAGGGAAAAGGCCGAGCUGCCUGACUCGAAGUCGGGCGGUAGGAAGGCAAAUCCGUCUCGAGAUGGUCGCGGCUCGCCUAAAAAAGCUGACACGGCGGAAGAAUCUAAAGUCGAGAAACCUUCGGAAGGGAACACUUCCAGCGAACAAAAGGCUACUUCGAAGGUGAGCACUGCAGCUGAUAAGACUGUAAAGGAUGAUUCGAAAAAUGAGAAAGCUGGUACAGGAAAAGAUUCUAAAAUCGAGAAACCCUCGGAAGAGACCACCUCAGAGGAUAAACAAGUUACACCGAAGGCGAACGCAAGUACUGCUGAUAAGGUUGUGAAGGAUGCUUCGAAAAAUGAGGAAGCUGAUACGGCGAAGGAUUCUAAAAUCGAGAAACCCUCGGAAGAGAGCACCUCAAAGCAUAAACAAGUUACACUGAAGGCGAACGCAAGUACUGCUGAUAAGGUUGUGAAGGAUCCUCCUUCGAAAAAUGAGGAAGCUGAUACGGCGAAGGAUUCUAAAAUCGAGAAACCCUCGGAAGAGAGCACCUCAAAGGAUAAGCAGGUUACACCGAAGACAAACGCAAGUACUGCUGAUGAGGUUGUGAAGGAUCCUUCGAAAAAUGAGGAAGCUGAUACGGCGAAGGAUUCUAAAAUCGAGAAACCCUCGGAAGAGAGCACCUCAAAGGAUAAACAAGUUACACUGAAGGCGAACGCAAGUACUGCUGAUAAGGUUGUGAAGGAUCCUUCGGAAAAUGAGGAAGCUGAUACGGCGAAGGAUUCUAAAAUCGAGAAACCCUCGGAAGAGAGCACCUCAAAGGAUAAACAAGUUACAUCGAAUGAGAAGCCAAGUGCUGCUGAUGAGAUUGUGAAGGAUGCUUUGGAAAAUGAUAACCUUGCCCCGAAGGUUGCGGAUCAGAAAGAAAAAGUAUCUCUUCCUGAAGAAACUCCUAUAAUGGGAGAAACUGAAGCAAAGCCUGCUGUAGCUACCGAAGCUACCAAACCCGAACCAGAGACAGAGUCGGAAUGCAAACCAGAUACGAAUUUGAAGCCAAAGGCCGAGCCGAAAGCGACGGAACCGAAACCUGAUUCACCUCAAGCGCCACCAGAAUCUGUCGAGAAAUCAGAGCCUGAUCGGCAGUCAAAGUCGAACGAAAAGCCAGUGGUGGUUGAGUCACCUGAACCAGAAGCAAAGCGUGACAUGACAAAAACCUCACAACCUGAACAAAACUCCGAACCUGCUGAGAAGCCCGAGUUAAGUCUGGAAUCUGAUUCCAAAGCUGAGCCAGUUGACCUAGGGCACAACGUGAAACCAGAGGCGGAAGAAAAGCCAGAGUCUGGCAAGGACCAGGAAUCCACCGGUCACUCAGAGCCGAUGGAGACGGCAGAUUCUGAUAAGCCUGGUUCGUCUACGCAGACCAAGGUGGAGGAGACGUCAACAUCCGAACCUAAGCGGGAGUCUACGUCGGAUAAUACAGAGUUGCAAGAAAAGGCAGACGUACCAUCUAGCGUAGAUGUGGAUCAGAAGUAUACGUCGGAGAUGAAUUCCAAGUUUGAAGAAAAUGUAGAAGAGAAAUUAAACUCGCAGGCUGUAUCAGGGCCAAAAGAGACACCGGAAUCAGAUCAGCCUGUUAGCGCUUCUGAGGAGGUGAAUCCCAGCUUGGAAGUAGAACAGAAACAGACAUCUGAACAAAGCCCGGAUGUGGAGAUGGAGUCCAGUCCGGCACAAGGAGCAGAGUGUGACCGGAAGCCGAGCGAAGUGAACACAUCACAGGCAAAACAGAACCUGGAGCCAGAUCAGUCAGAGCAAGGGGACAAACCUGACCUGGAGAACAAAACCGAAACGAAGCAAACAGAGGUGGAACCAGAAGUAAAUCAGGACAAUGAAAAACCAGACCAAGGACAAAAGCGUGCACUCGCCGAAGAUCCUGAGCCAGCACUGUCAGCCGAGUCAGAGAAGAAAGUGGCAAAACUAGAAACGGAUGAGGGCGGAGAGCAAGAAACCGGAUCAGCUCAACAGGAAAUUGAACAAACAGCUGAGAGUGAGCAACCUUCACAGUCUCAAACCAGCACUGAGGCCGAACAGAAGACCCAGACGUCCGCAGACCAAUCUGAGCCGGAGCCGAGCCCUGACCAAAAGUCCGGUGCGGGGACUGCGCUGACGGCCAGCGCCGCCCGUCGAGCUCGCCAACGGAAGACAGAGCUGAGACUGAAGGCGGUACGAGAGGCACGGCGACGGCGCCUGGUGCGGAACGGACUGCCGGCCGAGGCGGCUGGCCGGCCCCGCAGGGCGCGCCGCUCAUCCCCUGAGCGCUGUAAGGAGCCGACUCCCCCACCUGAGGUGUUCUACACACUGGAGAACGGAGCCAUCAGCGAGCUGACCGCCGAGAGACGCGGCCUGGUGCUCAGCCGCCACGGCACCGUCGAGAAGGUUGACUUCUACGCUAUCCGCGGCGGCAAAAUCGUCCGUGUGGAUCGUGAGGAGGUGCGGCGCUCGUUGGCGGAGGCAGAGGGAAAGAGCGGCGCGGGCGGGGAGGGGACAGAGGCGAGUGACUCUUCCUCGUCCGUGGACGCUGGCGGAGGUGGCGGUGGUGACAAAGUCGCAGAGACAAAAAGUGACGCUACCGCGGCGAAAAACAGUGCGCCUGUGACUAUGAACACUGCCGUGAGCGACAGUAAUGGGCCGUCAGAGGGCGCACCGGCGACUGCCGCGAGUGAGCCCGCUACUGCCGCGAGUGAGCCCGCUACUGCCGCGAGUGAGACAGUCUAGUCCCGGGACGGGGUGGGUGCCUGACGAGUGGCAUCCCCUCCCCUUGAGUGGCUCUGGGGAGUGUCUGCGAUCCCGGGCGAUAGUUACUGUCUGACCCUGCGAGAGCCCGUGCAGUCGUCAGCCGGAACUCGACCUAGCAUUUGUUACUUCAGUGGAUUGGUGUUUCACAUCACCGGGUCAUGGCAUGUGUGUGUUCCGUAUACGUGUGCACUGUGGCAGGAUAAUAUGCAUAUGUUUGUCUAGGAGUGGACCUUGCUGCAUUGGCUGCUUGUGGCUCGCGGAAACAUUGGAGCGUUCAUGAGUUGACUAUCGGUAAUUUUCCCCCGACGGGUGGUCAGUAGCGUAAUUUGUCGAUAGAUGUCAGCACUUGUCACCAACGCCUGACGGUGGGUCGUUUCUGUCGAACGCUGAUUGGGGUAUGUGGCUUUGAGUACAAAACACGCCCCUUUUUAUGCUUUCUUGCUUCGCUUUCGGACUGUUUCAUCGGGAUUUGAUUCAAUAUGAUAUCCAGCAAACAUUGAAAAUGCGUUGAUGUUCACUUGACGUGAAACCUAUUUGACAAAGCCACGAAAGUCGAGCGCUCAGGACGGCCCAUUUCUUUGACAAUGUCUUAUGUUAGUGUGUUGGUGUGCUAGUGGUUUCAUUUGGGUGGGGUUUUGUUGAUCACGUUGAUGCAUUCAAGCUGGGCAGUGAUUGGUGAUUCCAGCUUUGCGUCCAGGAUUGCGGGUCACUCAGCGAUAAUACAUGCGUCAUAGUCAUGA